CUGCUGCGUAACUCCGGAGUGUGUUCCAUCCAUCCGAGCAGCGCCUCCAUGAGAGUGCAGGGAAUACAACUGAGAGGCCAUGAAGAGAUGGCCAUGAAGCUUUUUUUCUGGGAGCUGGAGCAGCAUCUCAAAAGCAUGAACGCGUCGUGCUACUCCGUGGCCAUGGAUCUAGGCGUCUGCCAGCUGAGAAAUUUCUCCAUAUCGUUCUUGUCGUCCUUGCUGAGCGCGGAGAGCUCGCACGUCAAGCUCGACAAUAGCUCGUCAGGAGCCAGCGUCGUGGCCAUAGACAACAAGAUAGAGCAGGCAAUGGACCUGGUGAAGAGUCACCUGAUGUACGCGGUGCGGGAGGAAGUGGAGGUCCUGAAGGAGCAGAUCAAGGAGCUGAUCGAGCGGAACUCGCAGCUGGAGCAGGAGAACACACUGCUGAAGACUCUGGCCAGCCCAGAGCAGAUGGCCCAGUUCAAGGCCCAGGUUCAGACCGGCUCUCCACCGGCACCGGCCACAGCCGCCCAGACGGGACCCCCGAACAGCGCCCCCCUCGCCCAGCCCGCCUCGCACAGCUCCGGGCCCUCGGCGUAG